AUGAGAUUGGCAGGGCAUACAGUUAAUAAGUUUAGCAUUUUAACAACACCGAAAACAACAUUUCUUCAAGUAAGUUUUAAGUUUCGCAAAGAAGUAUUAAAAAAAUGCCAGCGACCUGUUUUGCAUGCCAUACCAACGAUUCCGAAACCACAACUAGCAAUGCUUGAAAUGUCUGUUUAG